AUGGCGGACCCAGGGAUGUUGAGUUUAUUCGGGGACGAUGCAGGGCUGUUCUCAGAUGGAUUAGAUGGUUUAGGAGGCUGCUUUCCUCAGCAGCCGGCCCCUGGCCAGUCCAACCCUCUAGCCCAGCAGACUAAUCCCUCCCUGAACCACGAGCACCAGGGAAACAGGGGUUACCACCAGGGGAUGAUCCACGGUGCCGGGACUGGCCCAGGGCAGCCUAAAUUGGGGCAAAUGUACGACCACGGCCCCUACACAGGCUACGAGCAGUCCGGUGCCCCUGCAGGACGAAUGAUGGCCCAGAAUGGUCCCACCCAGGGGCCGCCAAAUGUGAAUCCGGCCAUGAAUGGCAUGGCUUCCCACUACCAUAAUAACCCAGCUAACUCUAGCAACCCCUGCCAUGGGUACCCAGGAGGCGGCCCUAAUCAGAUCGGAGGCUACCAGAUGUCUCAAGGCAACUAUGGUGGGAUGCAAGGCCCGCCCACACCCAAUGCAGCUCGCAUGAACCAACACUACGCUCCACAGAGCAUGGCCCCCCCUCCUGCUCAGGACCCAUCUCACUACCUGGGACAUGUUGGAAUGGGAGGGGCCCAGAUGAGACACCCACAGCCCCAGCCACAACCCCAGGGCUAUCCCAACAUGGGUCACACACCGCGAUACCCACACUCCCCAUCCCGACAGCCCCCACACACCCACCAGCACCAACAGGGCAUGGGGGGGUUUGGGGGAGGCCAGUACCCUGGCUAUCAGGCCCAGUACGGAGCCAUUGGACCUGGGAUGGGCCAGAGUGCUAAUACUAACAUCAGUACUAACACCAGCCAGGCCAUGGGACCAGGGCAGCUUGGCCAGAGGUUUAACCAGGGAUCAGGCCCAGCAGCUGGGCAGCAGGGCCAGCGAUACCCCCCUGCACCACCACACCAACCGCAGCCCCUUCAAACCCACUCUACCCCUAUGCAGCAGCAGGCAGGACAGCAGGGCCAGCCUAUGCACCCCUUAAACCACACCCAGCACCCCCAGAAUGUGCCCCAGUCUCAAAACCAACCCCAGUCCCACCUUGCCCCCCCAGCUCAGGGAUCUUACCCCUCCCCUUCAUCCAUGUCCCCCAUGCGGGUUUUGGGAACCCCAACCCCUCCCCCCCAGCAGGGCAGACCCCCUAGCGCAGGACUAGCUGGGCCCCCAGAGGUUGCAGGGUACACAGCCCUGCAGUCUCCACCCAAUGCUAUGCCCCAUCCACAGAGAACUCCCCAAACUCCUUUAUCUACCCCACACCCCCAACACCAGCAGCCCCACAACAUGCCCUCCAAUGCAGGGCAGAUGUAUCCCGGCAUUGGGCCACAGCGCGGACCACAGAUGGGUCCAAACAGGCCUCAGCUCCAGCAACAGCAAGGACCUCAUGAAGCUCCAGUCAGCCAGGGAGGAGACCAGCGUCUGCUCCAGGCCCAGCAGCAGGCCUCUCGCAGCGGGCAGCCCCUGCAGUCCUCGCCCAUGGGUUUCCAGUGUCCGCCUGUCGGUCAGCACGGAGCUCCGGCCUCCAACCAGGGUUUAGCGCCGCCCAACCAGAACUCUCAGACACAGCAGACGCACCUGCCCCCCCACCACCUGCAGAGCACACCCCCUCAAUCCAACCAGGGAUCCAACCCAUGGGCACCUACGCCUCCUGCCUCCCACCCACUCUCCUCACCCCCUCUUACUCCACAGAAAGUGCCUCACAUACAGCAUUCCCCCGCGGACCCGUCAGGCGAUGCCUCAGUGAAGGUUCCUGAAAGGCCGACUGUUGGCGCUGGAGUGCCCAGCCAGCCUAUCGGCACAGAGCAGCCCAGCAACCAGGAGACCAAGCCAAAAAAGAAGAAGAAGAAGAAAGCUAAAGUGACUGGCACAGGAACUGUAGAGGGAAGUUCACCGUCGGUGGAGGAGAAGAAGAAGCGGAAAAAGAAACCAAAGGAGAAGGCGGAGGGCAAGGAGGGCAAGGAGCCCAAAGAGCCCAAGACCCCGAAGACGCCCAAAACGGGCAAGACCCCCAAAGAGCCGAAGGAGAAGAAAGCCAAGGGCUCCACGCCCAAGACCAAGACCCCCAAGAAAACUGGCAAUAAGAAGGUGGAGUCGGAGGCCGGGGCUGGCACUGCUAAAAAGGAUUCCAAGAGGAAGAGAGAGUUGUCAGUCAGCGACGAUGUGGAGGUGAAGUCUCCACCUCCAUCGCCCCCUGAAGAGGAGGAUGAUGAUGGUGUACAGAAGCGCCGCUCCAGCCGUCAGGUGAAGAGGAAGAGGUACACCGAGGAUCUGGAGUUUAGGAUUUCAGAGGACGAUGACAGUGGAGAUGACUCACCGGCACCGAAAUCCCCAUCUUCAUCACAACAACAGGACGUGGCUGAAGCUGAGGGACCUAUCGUGGAGAAGAUCAUGGGCCUGCGCACCUCCAAAAAACAGCUGGAGAUGGGGGAGGAAGUGGAGGUGGAGGAGUUCUAUGUCAAGUUCAAGGGCUUUUCGUACCUCCACUGUCGCUGGGCCGACCUGGAGGAGCUGGAGAAGGACAAGAGAAUACACCAGAAGGUGAAGAGGUACAAGGCCAAGCAGCAACUCAACAGCUUCAUAACUGAGAUGGACGACGAGCCUUUUAACCCGGACUAUGUGGAGGUGGACCGUGUCCUGGACAUUUCAGAGAGCACAGAUGAAAACGGAGAGACGGUGACCUUAUAUCUGGUGAAAUGGUGCAGCCUGCCUUACGAAGACUCCACCUGGGAGCUGAAGGCCGACAUCGAGCAAUCCAAGAUAGAGGAGUUUGAACGCAUCACAGCACGCACACCCAACACUAAGAGAGUGGAUCGGCCUCCUGCAGCCGACUGGAAGAAGCUGGAGGGCUCCAGAGAAUACAGGAACAGCAACACACUCAGGGAAUACCAGCUCGAAGGUCUCAACUGGCUAACCUUCAACUGGUACAACUCACGUAACUGUAUCUUGGCUGACGAGAUGGGUCUCGGGAAGACCAUCCAGUCCAUCACGUUCCUCUAUGAGAUUUACAUGAAGAGCAUUGAGGGGCCGUUCCUCGUCAUCGCCCCGCUCUCCACGAUCCCCAACUGGGAGCGAGAGUUCAGGACCUGGACCGAGCUCAACGCGGUGGUCUACCACGGCAGCCAGGCCAGCCGCAAGACCAUCCAGGCCUACGAGAUGUACUACAGAGACGCACAGGGUAAGAUAAUAAAGGGAGCGUAUCGGUUUCACGCAGUGAUAACAACCUUUGAGAUGAUUCUGGCGGACUGUCCGGAGCUUCGCAGCAUCCCGUGGCGCUGCGUGGUGAUAGAUGAAGCCCACCGCCUCAAAAACAGAAACUGCAAACUACUGGAAGGACUCAAGAUGAUGGACAUGGAGCACAAAGUCCUGUUGACAGGAACUCCCCUCCAGAACACUGUGGAGGAGCUCUUCAGCUUACUCAACUUCCUGGAGCCGGAGAGAUUCCCAUCUGAGCAGACAUUCAUGACUGAAUUUGGAGACCUUAAGACUGAAGAACAGGUUCAGAAACUGCAAGGCAUUCUGAAGCCCAUGAUGUUGAGAAGACUGAAGGAGGACGUGGAGAAGAACUUGGCCCCGAAGGAGGAGACCAUCAUCGAGGUGGAGCUCACCAACAUCCAGAAGAAAUACUAUCGGGCCAUUCUGGAGAAGAACUUCUCCUUCUUGUCCAAAGGAGGUGUAGGAGGAGGAGGAGGUGGCGGCGGCGGGGGAGGAGCCAACGUACCCAACCUCCUCAACACCAUGAUGGAGCUGAGGAAAUGCUGCAACCACCCCUACCUCAUUAAUGGAGCGGAAGAGAAGAUCAUUGAGGAAUUCAGGGACUCCCAAGGAGGCAGGGCCGACAUGCCGGACAUGGCUCUCCAGGCCAUGAUCCAGGCUGCCGGCAAGCUGGUGCUCAUCGACAAGCUGCUGCCCAAACUGAAGGCCGGAGGACACCGAGUCCUGGUGUUCAGUCAGAUGGUCCGCUGUCUGGACAUCCUGGAGGAUUACCUGAUCCAGAGACGAUAUCCCUAUGAGCGCAUAGACGGCAGAGUUCGCGGUAACCUGCGGCAGGCAGCCAUCGACCGGUUCUCCAGACCGGACUCGGACCGUUUCGUAUUCCUGCUGUGUACGAGAGCCGGAGGACUGGGCAUCAACCUGACCGCAGCCGACACCUGCAUCAUCUUCGACUCUGACUGGAACCCUCAGAACGACCUGCAGGCGCAGGCCAGGUGUCACCGUAUCGGCCAGUCGAAGGCGGUCAAGAUCUACCGCCUGAUCACCAGGAACAGCUACGAGAGGGAGAUGUUCGACAAGGCCAGUCUGAAGCUGGGGCUGGACAAGGCCGUGCUGCAGAGCAUGAGCGGACGGGAAAACGCCAACAGCGGGGUCCAGCAGCUGUCCAAGAAGGAGAUCGAGGACUUGCUGAGAAAGGGAGCGUACGGCGCUCUGAUGGACGAGGAAGACGAAGGCUCUAAAUUCUGCGAGGAAGACAUCGACCAGAUCCUCCAGAGACGAACGCACACCAUCACCAUAGAGUCCGAGGGGAAGGGCUCGACAUUUGCUAAGGCCAGUUUUGUUGCAACCGGCAACCGAACGGACAUUUCUCUUGAGGAUCCAGACUUCUGGCAGAAAUGGGCCAAGAAAGCUGAGCUGGACCUGGACGCCAUCAAUGGACGAAACACGCUGGUGAUCGACACGCCGAGGGUGAGGAAGCAGACGCGGCACUACAGCAGCGUCAAAGAGGAGGAGAUGCUGGAGUUCUCGGAGCUGGAGAGCGACGAGGACGAACCGAGCAAACCCUCGUCCAAACCUCGACGGCCCCAAGACAAAGCCCAGGGGUACCCCCGAUCUGAGUGCUUCAGAGUGGAGAAGAACCUGCUGGUUUACGGCUGGGGAAGGUGGACUGACAUCCUGACUCACGGUCGCUUCAAGCGCCCCCUGAAGGAGGCCGACGUGGAAACCAUCUGCAGAGCCCUGCUGGCCUACUGCCUGCUGCAUUACCGUGGAGACGAGAACAUCAAGAGCUUCAUCUGGGACCUGAUCACCCCGAGUGCAGAUGGGACCACCAGGACGCUGACCAACCACUCAGGUCUCUCUACUCCAGUUCCUCGGGGUAGGAAGGGCAAGAAGGGGAAGCCUGCGGCCCCGCCUCCACAGACGCCACGAGCCGAUUGGCUGGCGAGCUGCAAUCCUGACCACUUACUGCAGGAGGACAGCUACAAGAGACACCUGAAACAUCACUGUAACAAGGUGUUGCUGAGGGUGAGGAUGCUGUAUUAUCUGAGACAGGAAGUCAUCGGCGACCAGGCCGAGCGCAUCCUGGAAGGAGGCGACUCCAGCGAGCUGGAUAUCUGGAUUCCCCAGCCGUUCCACGCCGAGGUCCCGGCCGACUGGUGGGACAGCGAGGCCGACAAAUCCCUGCUCAUCGGCGUCUUCAAACACGGAUAUGAGAAGUACAACUCGAUGCGAGCCGACCCCUCCCUGUGUUUCUUGGAGAGGGUGGGCAUGCCGGACGCCAAGGCCAUCGCCGCUGAGCAGAGGGGCUCCGACAUGAUGGCAGAUGGCGUGGAGGGUGAGGAUGAGGAUCCAGAGUACAAGCCACUGCGAAUGCCUUUCAAAGAUGACAUGGACGACUUCACCAACUCUCCACUGGACGACAAAGACGACGCCGCGGAGGGAGAGGCUGAAGGUAAACGGCUGAAAGCUGCAACUUCGGGCCCCAACGAGCGACUGUAUUGGCCAGCAGCCUCAGCUCUGACGGCUCGUCUGCGACGCCUCAUCACGGCCUACCAGCGCUCCAACCGGAGAGAGCAGCUCCGCCAGGAGGCCCUCAACCGGCCGGACGGACGCCGCCGUCGCCGCAGGGAGUUCCUGCCUUCCGUCCCCGUGGUUACUGAGACAGGAGGCGGCGCAGCUUACAUCCAAGAUGGAGCGGCGGUGUUCAUGACAGAAGGAAGCCCAUAUCUGGCGAAAGGAGGCGCUUACUUUGCCAAAGGUGGACAGUUAAUGCCAGAGACUUCGCCAGUGAUGACCGCCAGCUCCCUGAUGGCUGACGGAGCCAUGUACUACAAGGAGAGAAGACAGAGAUGGACUCGUCGUGAGGAGGCCGAUUUCUACCGCGUCGUUUCCACCUUCGGUGUCGUCUUUGACACCCAGCGGCAGAAAUUUGACUGGACGCAGUUCAGGGCCUUUGCCCGACUGGACAAGAAAACGGACGAGAGCCUGGAGAAAUACUACUACUCCUUCAUCGCCAUGUGUAAACGUGUCUGCAGAAUGCAGGUCAAGACUGAAACAGAACUCCCAGACCCGACCCUGAUCAUCGACCCCAUCACGGAGGAGCGGGCCUCUCGCACCCUGUACCGCAUCGAGCUGCUCCGCCGCAUCCGAGAGCAGGUCCUCCCCCACCCCCUGCUCUCUGAGCGCCUCAAGCUCUGCCAGCCAUCUUCAGACCUCCCGGAGUGGUGGGAGUGUGGCCGCCAUGACCGUGACCUCCUUCUGGGGGCCUCCAAGCACGGCGUGAGCCGGACAGACUAUCACAUCCUAAAUGACCCUACGUUGGACUUCCUGGAGGCCCACCAGCGCUCUACCAGCCAGCGAGGCGCCGGCGUCGGCGCUGUAGCCCAGGGGGAGAGCACCAAGGCCGGAAUGGGAGCAGCUGAAAGCACCGCUGCACCUCUCCUCUCCACCGCGGAGCUGGCGAGCGCUGCAGCUGCUGCCAAAAUUGCUGUUCAGGCAGCGAAAGAGGUGAAGACUGAGGAAGGGAAAACGGAGAUGGAGGUGAAAAAGGAAACGGAGGGAGGAGAUACCGACGACAUUCCAUGUACCAAGACCGAAACGCCCGACGAACAGAAGAACAAUGAGGGAGAGGUUGGAAAAGGGAAAGAUGAGACCGCUGCUUCGCCAGGAAAGGAGGUCAAGAAAGAGGAAGAGGAGGCCCAGCCAAAAGUCGAAAAGGAGGAGGGGGAAGAGCUGAAAGAGGAGCAGAGCGGAGAAGAAGAGAAGACCUCCAAGCCAGCAGAUGAAGAAGAUAAAUACUCGACAGAGGAGGAGAAGAAGAGCUCGAGUAUUGUCGACUCUCCAAGGGACGAGAAGGAGACGACCGCUGAGACCUCAGAACAACCCGAGUCCUCCCCCAAAGCACAACCGGACCACAAGACUGUGGGGGAGGAGGACGGGGAGGAGAAGGAGAACCCCGAGUCUCCCAAAUCUCCAAAGUCAGCCGACACGGAGAAGAGCCCAGAGGAGGAAGAGGAGGACAGGAUGGAUGAAGACGACAAAUCAGAGAAAUCCUCUCAGGCUGAAGCGAGCGCCGCGUCGGAGCAGAAGAACUUCGACGAGGAGAGCAUCGCGUCUCUGAGCACGUCGGCCCGCGACGAAACCAGAGACGGGUUCUGCCCCGACGACCUGCCCGAGACGUCUGCGCUGCAGGCCUUACAGGACCGCACCUACGCCUUCUCCUUCUGGCCCAAGGAUCGAGUGAUGAUUAACAGGAUGGAUAACAUCUGCGAGGCCGUCCUGAAGGGCAAGUGGCCUGUCAACAGACGCCACAUCUUUGACUUCCCCAGCAACCUGUUGCCAGGGCACAGCUCCGCAGUAACCGCAGCAGCUGUAGCCACGGCAACUGACAGCCCACUGCAGAGGCGGAGCCUGGCCGAGCUGACGUUGGCGGGCAUCCACACGCCUUACAGUGGAAGUGAAGAUAAAACACUAUCGCCGCAGAUUCCUGUGAGUGGCGCUCUGAGCCUGACGGUGCCGCGGCGGCGGAGGAGGAGGAGGAAGAUCGAGAUCGAGGCGGAGCGGGCAGCAAAGAGACGUAACCUGAUGGAGAUGGUGGCUCAGCUGAGGGAGAGCCACGCCGCCGCCGAGUCCCAGAGCCAGGCGAUAGACCUCACCAAGUGUAUGCAGCAUCACCACAAGGCCUCACCCUCAUUGGCCGGAUUCCCCAGCGCCCUGGUGACGAGCCCUUCCCUCAAGGCCCAGAUGGAGUUGCUGCAGCAAGCCCCGCCCUCCGGACACAGAGCGAACGGUUCGCUGGAGGCCGACCUGCCCAUCAUGAGGAGGAGGCGGGGCCGCAGGAAAAAUGUGGAGGGGCUGGAGCUGCUGUUCAUGGGCAACAAGAGAGCCGGAGGGGAUGAUGCUGACGGGACAAAGGCCUCAGCUGCGGAGGCGGCUCAGGACGCCGCCCGUGCCCACAGAUCCCUCACCGUGCCCGAGCAGAGCCCCAGCGCCAGAUCUCUGGCCUCCGGCAGCCUGGAGGAGGAAGAGGCGGCCGUGUCGAACAAGGAGCUGGGAGAGUGGCUGAGGCAGCACCCGACAUACACCAUGGACAUGGCUGGACUGACACCAAAGAGCGAGGAGCUGCUGCUGUCUCAGUUCUCCAAGCCCAAGCAGAAGCGCCACCGCUGUCGAAACCCCAACAAGAUCGACAUCAACACCCUGACUGGAGACGAGCGAGUGCCCGUGGUCAACAGACGCAACGGACGCAAGAUGGGCGGGGCCAUGGCUCCACCAAUGAAGGAGCUUCCCAGAUGGCUAAUAGAGAACCCAGAGUUUUCUAUCGCCCCUGAUUGGACAGACAUCGUCAAACAGUCGGGUUUCCUCCCAGAAGCUAUGUUCGAUCGCCUUCUGACCGGCCCCGUCGUCAGGGAAGAGGGUGUCCGUCGCCGAGGGCGACGACCCAAAUCUGAGAUUGCCAAGGCAGCGGCCGCCGCCCAGGCAGCAGCUGCUGCUCAGGCCGCCCAGGCGUCACUGGCCACUGCUGCUUCAUCUGCAGGCAUCAACCCUCUGCUCUUGAACAGCCUGUUUGGAGGGAUGGACCUGUCUUCUCUCCAGAGCCUCCAGUCUCUCCAGUUGGCUGCUGGUCUGAUGGCCUUCCCUCCCCCCACCGACCCCAAGCAGGCCGCUGCCAGCGCCGCCGCUGCCUCCAUGCUGCCCCUAAUGCUGCCCGGCAUGGGAGGCCUGCCCAACAUGGCCGCCGCCCUCCCCAACAUGUUCAGCCUAGGCGGGCUGUUUGGCGGUAACCUGGCGACAGCCGCAGCUGCUGCCGCUGCGUCCAACUCCGCCGCCGCUGCCGCCACCGCAUCAGGGAACACAAACGGAACAAUGGAGGGAGAGGGAGGAGAGAGCGACGAAGCGGUGACGACGAAGAGGAAGAAGAAGAGACAGGGAGAGGAAAAAGAGGGAGAAGACGGCGAGGGGGGAGAGAAGGAGGUGGAGGAGGAGGCCGAGGGAAAUGAAGGAGUGAAGAAGGCAAAGAGGAAGAUGGUGAAGGAGAGCGAGGAGGGCGUGGAGAAGUCAGUUAAUGAUGUCACCGCAGCUCCUCAGAUCCCGGCCGUUGAUUCGUCAGCUGAGGCGUCCAUCAACGGCGAUGCCGCCGCCCUGCUGGCUGCGGCCGGCAUGUCCGCCAAUUCUCUGGCAUUCAACCCCUUCCUCCUCUCCACCAUGGCGCCCGGCCUCCUCUACCCCUCCAUGUUCCUACCUCCGGGCCUCGGCGGGCUCAGCCUGCCCGGCUUCCCCACCGCCUCCACCCUGGCCGAGCUGCAGAGCGCCAUGGCCGGAGCGCUGGGGGCUACGGGAGAGGAGGAGGAGGACGAGGACGAGGAGGACGGCGGAGGAGAGAGUGACUUGGCCGAGGAGAAGGACGAGGGAGCGGAGGAGGAGACGAGAGGCGAGGCCGACGACUCCCUUCUAGAGGACGGAGGGAUGGGAGGAGAGGAAGAGGAGGCGGCGGCGUCACCGCAGAAGGACAAGAGUGACUGA